UGGAAUUGAAGGUAGUCAGCUUCAAAUCUGUGGCUCCUGUGGGUAUAACAUUCACCUGCUCUUUCCCAAGGACCACACAGGGAAUCUGUUCUGCCCUCAGUGUGGGCUCAAAUUCUUCUGCAGUCUCCCACUGGGUUGCCAAGGUUACUGAAUGUAGCAUCUCUGGAGAGUACUCACGUUAACUCUGUGAGUUCUCUCACCCACUGUCUCUUUUUUCACAGUCUCAUUUCAUUAGCUCCACACAUUUACUAGGUCCUAAUCUCCUGUCAUUUCACCCCCCAGAGUUAGGAUUUUGCUUGGCUGAGGGUGGGCGCAGCCCUUAGGUUGUGCAGCUUUUAAAUAUGUCCAAAAUGGUGCCUGCUCUUUGUCUUGCUUGCCUUUGGGAGGUGAGUGGAGAGAGAGAAACUCGUGUCCAUACUGGUCCCUUUUGUUGUCCUCUCUCCUCUAGUUAGCCUGGUGAACUUUCCCCCAUGGGGCUUCAUGCCUCCUUCCCUCUAGGCUCCUCCUUCCACUUUCCUGCUGAUGUCUCGGGCUACUGAGGUUUGGCUCAUCUCAUGUUCUAGCGCUGGUGCGUAGAUUCCGACACUGGUAUCCUGCGCUGUGGGCUCCCAUGCCCUCCACACAGGUCCACCAUGAACCACUAGUUGCAGAAGAGUUUCCUCUGCUGUUUCUUCCCCAACUCUUCCUUGAACCUGCAGUAUCUCCACUUUUAUUAAACUGAUUCUUCCCGGACUAUCAGUGUGCUCCCUUCCUAUUCCGCCAUCUUGCCACUUCCCCCAAUUCUUACUUUCUUAUUAAAAUCACAGACUGUCAAAAAUCAGAGAGAUGACUAUAUUACACACCAUGAAUUACUUUCCAUUCAAAUCUUGAAUCCAUAUUAUAUAUAUAUGUGUGUGUGUGUGUGUGUGUGUGUGUGUGGUGUAUACAUACAUAAUAUGACCUUGGUAAAAUUAUCAAAUCUUGUAUGGUUCAUCUUUAAGGUAUGGAUGGAAAAUAAUCAGAAAGUUAUUGUGCUUGCCUUAUAAGACUGCUGUAAGAACACAUGAAAAUAUAGUUAUUUUUCAGAUCUAAAUGACUGUACAUUUUAAAGCACAAUUGAUUGACAGUAUUAUUGAAUAAUAUAUUAACUACUAGUGAAAAUAAAAAUAUUUCUCACUGUUGGUAUACAGUGAGUUUAUUUUUCUGGUGAAAAGGGCCAUGACUGAAAUUUGAACAUAUUAAUUGCUAUGCUGCAUUUCUGUAGAUUUGCAAGAGACUUAUUCUAUGUAUAUAAACUGGUCAAAUAAUGGUCAGAAGGAGCCACCAUCUUUCUGAUGCCGUUUUAAAUUUGACUGCAUUAUGUCUGUUUAGCAUAUUUGUUGUAACAUUGAUAUGCAUUUUUAUGAGAAAAUAUAGUUAUCUGGAUAGCUUAGGCCUCCAAAUCUCUUUAAUAACUAAAAUAUCAAGUCAUAAAAAAAUCUUGCUUUGGUAAUUAAGCAUGCAUUUUCAUUUACAGCCUCUUUUUUCCAUGUAUUUCCAUACAAGAAAAGGUUUAUUUAAUGACUAAGCAAAGAAAUGAGGAUUAAAAAUCUAGGUUAAAAAUCUAGAUUUAAAAAGCCCUUAAAUUUAAGUGAAACUAUACUAAUGUAUUAUUUAAAAAGUAGAGAAAGAGCUGCCAUCUCAAAAAUACUUCUGCUAAUACUAGUGCAUAGAAUUCAAAUUUCUGCCUGCUAGAGAAGUCUUGUUGAGUUAAAGUAUUUCUUCAAAAAGCUGUAUUUAAUUCUCCAAUUAGCACAAAAUUUUAUAUUAAUUCAUUAUAUUCCUUACAUGAAAAAUGACUAUUAAUAUCUACUGUAUUCCAAACUCAAAAUUGACAUGCUAUGUGCUUCACCCUUGUUUUUACAGCAUUGGGAAUGUACAGACACUUACACCAAGAUUGCAGUAAGGGGUAGUUAGUCCUCGAGUUGUAGUUCUAAGAAGGGAAAGUGACUGACAUUGCUGCAAGGGUCACAAACACUCUUGUAGAGGUGACUGUUGUUCAAGGUUUUGUCUCGGGAAAUGGAAUAUGUGUUCAAAGGCAUUGAAGCAUGAAAGCGCACAUGCACUGUUUUUGGGAAAUGGCAAGUAGUUCAGAGUGCUGCAGCUCAGAAUUCUUGAUGUGAGUAAAAUAGAUGAAUAAGAAUCUUAUUUAAUCAAAUGGACCAUAAGAACCAAUGAAGGGAUCAUUCAGGCAUGACUUGAUCAGUUUUGCAUUUUAGGACAUCAUUUUGGCAGCACAGUUAUCUGAUUCGCUGAUCUGAUAGGAUAGGGACAUCCUGGGAAGGCCCAUGGGCAGGUGCUGUGGGAACAAAUACACAGAGGCUGACUACUUGGAGUGAAAAAGAAAGCUCCCCACACUUGUGAGAAAAUCUUUUCUCUAAUAAACAACCCUUCCCCAAUGUCAUUUCUUUUACGCCAUCAUCCCAAAAGACUAAUUUCAGUAGACACCUCCUCCAGUAGACACCUUCCCCCAGAUUCACUCAUGAAUUCCUUGUCCUUCUCUUGUGCUUGCAUGUGAUGAUUCUGUGGAAUUUGGAUUCCAAGUUUUAACAGUGAUUGAAACCCUGAAAAUCCAUAGGCUUUAGUAAAUUUUUACACAAUUUUUAAUUUUUUUCUUUCAUUUUAUUUGAAAGAAGGGCAGGCACAGAACGACAUAGAAAGAUCUUUCAUCUGCUGGCUUACAACCCAACUGCCUGCAACAUCAUCUGAGCCUCCUUCAUGGUGGCAGAGAUGCAGGUAUUUGUCCUAUCACCUGCUAGCUCCCAAAGUGUGCAUUAACAUGAAGCUGGGUUGGAAACAGAGGAGGUGGGACUCAGACCAGACCAUCAGAUAUGGGAUAUAGGUGUCAAAAGCAAUCUCAUAGCCACUGUGUCACAUGCCUACCCCAGAUUUCAGGGCUUUCAGGACAAUGAACAAAAAUUAGUCACCAAGGAGAUAAACAUGUCCAAUACCCACCCAGCCUUCCUACCUCAAUUUAACAUUAAUUAAAGAAUCCAUUGUUACUCAAGCAAUAUAAUAACUACAAAAAAGCAUUUUUAAAAAAUAAAAAAAAGAAAACAAACAAAAAACAUUCUGGUAUUAUUAAAAUAUGAAACACCCUAUUGCCACCGAGAGGAAAAAAAGACUCUCAUACAGUUUUGGUAAUUUUAUGUUAACAUGAACGUGAAUGUUUAUUCUUUCAAUUUGGGGAAAUUUUCUGCAUUUCUAAUACACAAAUUAAGCAGACAAAUUCAUAAGGGAACUAGAUUAGACGGUUCUUAACAGAAAAGAGGUGGUGUUCUCUGGUCCAUUAUUCUGAGUUAUACUUUCACUAACACUUCACCAAUAUUUGCAGUUUAUACUUCCUCAAUAUUUAAUGUUCUAGAAAAUUAUGCACAUAAUCUAAGGAAAAGUUACCAAACACCUAUUGCUUGUCAGCGGUAUACAAGACUCCAGAGAUACAAUUCUGUACUAAAACAAAUAGCACCCUAUGUAUAUUCUAAGAGAUCACAAAUUUGUUAGAUAAAUCACCCAUGUUAGUAAAUAAUUAAAACUAUAGAUGUUGAAGAAAUUAAACAUGGUUGUUUUGUACAGUUUUUAAUUCUAGGUUCUUUAGAGAAGGAAAAUGCUUCUUCAAUACCAAGAUUUUUUUCCUGAUUAUGCACUAAAUACAUUUCAAGCAGUGCGUUUUGCUGAGUGCUGUAGUGUGGUCGAUUUCAUUCUUGAAGUUCUUCAUGUGCUCAUGCAGAAGACUGCCAGGGAGUAAUGCAAGAGGGAAUCAACAGUUUCUGUACAGGACAGAUUAUGACAGCAGCUUUCUUAAGGAGAGGAUGUUUAAAUUUCAUCAAAUGAAGCAGAUUUUUCAAAUACUGGAUAAAAUGCGAUACCUGAGAAAACGUUCUGUGGUGUCAUUCUUGGGAGUUCUUGUCAUUUUCCUUCUAUUUAUGAACUUGUAUAUUGAGGAUAGUUAUGUUCUGGAAGGAGACAAACAACUUAUAAGGGAAACAUCCACACACCAACUGAAUUCUGAACGCUAUGUUCAUACUUUCAAGGAUUUAUCCAAUUUCUCAGGAACCAUAAAUGUUACCUAUCGUUACCUCGCUGCCACACCCUUACAGAGAAAGCGAUAUCUUACAAUUGGACUUUCAUCAGUGAAACGAAAAAAGGGGAACUAUUUACUUGAGACAAUCAGGUCAAUUUUUGAACAAUCCAGCUAUGAAGAGCUGAAGGAAAUUUCAGUGGUGGUUCAUCUAGCAGAUUUUAAUUCAUCCUGGCGUGAUGGCAUGGUCCAGGAUAUUACACAGAAAUUUGCCCACCAUAUAAUUGCAGGAAGAUUAAUGGUUAUACAUGCUCCAGAGGAAUAUUACCCAAUCCUGGAUGGUCUGAAAAGAAAUUAUAAUGAUCCAGUAGAUAGAGUCAAAUUUCGUUCUAAGCAGAAUGUAGAUUAUGCUUUUCUGCUUAAUUUUUGUGCCAAUACUUCAGACUACUACGUAAUGCUUGAAGAUGAUGUCCGAUGUUCAAAAAAUUUUUUAACUGCCAUCAAGAAAGUCAUUACAUCUCUAGAAGGAACUUACUGGGUAACUCUUGAGUUCUCUAAGCUUGGAUACAUAGGUAAACUCUAUCAUUCUCAUGAUCUCCCACGAUUGGCACAUUUUUUAUUAAUGUUUUAUCAAGAAAUGCCUUGUGAUUGGCUACUGUCUCAUUUCCGGGGUCUGUUGGCUCAGAAAAAUGUGAUCCGUUUUAAACCAUCUCUCUUUCAGCACAUGGGCUAUUAUUCAUCAUACAAAGGGACUGAAAACAAGCUGAAGGAUGAUGAUUUUGAAGAGGAAUUUUUUGACAUCCCAGAUAACCCUCCUGCCAGUCUAUACACCAACAUGAAUGUGUUUGAAAAUUACGAAGCAAGCAAGGCAUACAGUAGCGUUGAUGAGUACUUUUGGGGGAAACCACCUUCAACAGGAGAUAUCUUCCUGAUUGUAUUUAAAACUCCAAUUGUAAUAAAAAAAAUUAAAGUGAAUACUGGGACAGAAGACCGACAAAAUGACAUUUUGCAUCAUGGAGCCCUAGAUGUUGGGGAAAAUGUUUAUAUUACAAAACAAACAAGACAAUGUGGUACUUACUUAAGACUAGGAGAAUUCAAAAAUGGAAACUUUGAAAUGUCAGAUGUGAAUCAGAAAAUUCCAUUUGAUAUCGUUUGUAUGAGGAUACGUGUUACUAAAACACAAAAGGAGUGGCUGAUUAUCAGGAGUAUUAGCAUUUGGACUUAUUAGUCAAUUAAAUUAAUAUGAUCAGUUACUGAAGCUCAUCUUCCUGUUUCCCUUUCUGCUAAAUUCCUCUUUUGCUACUUUUGUCUUUUGGAGGGAAAGCAAUGGAUAAUGCAGUUUUAAAGAAAAGUUCAUCCUCUUAGCAGUUUUUAUUUACACAUUGUCAACAUAAUUUUACUCUAGUACACAACUGUAUUUAUUUUAACCCUUGAUGUUGAAUACCAGCCUAUGGGUAAUGCUAUUUUCACUGAUUUAUUUCUUAAUGAAUUUAGUUUCAAAUACCCACUUACUGUCCAAAGAGUGAUGGUAAAGAUUUAAAGUGAGAAUCUUUAGUUUGUUGGAUGAUGAUUCUUGAAAAAGAGUUGCCAACUGUACACACUUUCUCAAGAACUGGUAAUUAACUAUGUCAUCAGAUAGCCUUUAUUAAGCAUCUAUGUGAAUAUGCAGUGGAUUAUAAUUAUAAUCUGGUCUAAUUUAUUGUAAACAGGUUUUAAUUAAUUUCUGUAUACCUGCAAUGAAUACCUCCUCAAAGAAGUGGUGUCUUCACAACAGAUUUUUUUUGUGUGUGUAGGUAUGGUAAUGGAGAAAGAAAACAAAAGUCUUAAAAAAAAUCUGAUCUUGAUUCUUGAUAUGAAAGGAAAUUUUGCUCAUUGUUUAAAAACAUUUGAUUGAAUAAUUAUUGUUAAUAAAUUUUCUGUGGGAAGCAGUCUUUUUCUAGUUUCCCUUUUGCAAAAAAAAAUAGCUAAACUCACUAUUUUCAGAUUAUGUUUGUUAACUGCACUUAACAGAAGAUAUUGGAAAAGGCCUAUAGUUAGUUCAUUCUAACAUUUUCACUAUAUGCAGAAAAUUUUGAUGAUUUUAUAUAUUUUGUAUUAAAAUGCAUAUGAUCGACAUUACUGUAAUUUAUCAUAUACUUUUUUUGGAAUUUAAAUGGAUACCUUAUAAAAGAGUACGAACCAUAGAAAUUAGUUGACUUUUAUAAACUCAAAGAGUUUUUUUUAUUAGCAAAGCCAAAAUGACAGAUUUUAUGUUCUGAUAACCAAAAAUACUCUUUCCCUCAUGUAGAGAUUACUCCUUAUAUAACUUAUGCUUAUUGUUGUCCAUUUGCUAUGUUGAGUUUUAAUUACACUAUCUACAAAUAGUUGGUAUAAUUCUUCUAUAAAUCAUAUUAUCAUGCUACAGAUUAAUCCUAAAGUGUCCUAAAUGUUGCCUUUGUUUUAUAUGCACAUAAAUAUUAAGACAACUUGAUUUUUAUUACAAGGACUGGCCAAUUGCUUCUCAACCAGUUGCACAAUAGAACCAUCCAGGACACGUGAGCCCUAAAGACAUUGUUUUUUCAGGAUGUGUGAUCUUGCCUCAUUAUUUUCAUUUUGGUUGAACAACAAAAAUGAAGGCAUUUAUGAUUAAGAGAACUAGAGGGUUCUUCAUAUGUGUUUAUAGAAAAACUCAAAUACAUGUUAAUACAUAUUGAAUACACACACAAAUAUAAUUUGUGAGAGAAAAAUGUGGAAAUCUUCCUGCUCUUCCUUCCAUCCUGAAACACAAUCAUUAGGACUCAGGAUAUGUUUUAGUUUUAAAAAAAUUAGAAUCUUUUAUAAUUUUGAUCAUUUAUGCAAAAAAAUUAAAUUAGAAACUCAGAUAAAAGUAGGAAAUUUUUGUCACUUUUAUACAACAACUAUGUAAUUUUUGCCCCUAUUUAUACUAUUAGAGAAUACAUAAACUUUUAUGAAACAAGAAGCAUUAAUAUUUUGUGGCAUAUAUGUCUUAAAAUCACAAGGAAAUGGAAACACUGCCACUAGACUUACCUUUUCCUUGAACUGAAGAAUGCUUUUCAGACUUAAACUAUUCUGUUUUCUUGAUUUUCCUCAUGAUGUUUCAUUAAUUGGCUAUAUCUCAGAAAUGACAAAUAACAUUGUUCAGCACUAUCAAUGAUAAAAAGCAGAUUACUGUGUUCCAAAGACAUAAUACCAAGAUCUGGGAAGAUUCCAAGAAGUGAGAAGGAAACUUUUUCAUAUCCUUCAGGAAAUGUGAAAUGUUUCGAAGAGCAGUGUUGACAUCUAUCAACUUCUGGAAGACACUCCAAAAAAGAUUGCUGAGGAAGACAAUGAAGUUGGAUGCUUGCUAAGGAUUUAUAAAUGUGGAUGUGACCCAGAGGAGUCACAAUUCAUUUUAUGAUCCUGUAAUUACUCAGUUUGGAUAAGUUGGUUACAUCACUUAGUGAUGCCUAUAAUAUUCAAUGAUGUCACUUUCCAAUGAUGUCACUGGGUUAACCUUCUAAGAAAUAACCCCAGCUUUGACGAAGAAAGCUUUUCUAUUAAGCUUCAGGAAGUGCAAGUAAACAUUCACUUUCAAAAAGAAAAUCUUGACAUUUAUAUGCCCCAGUGCUGUAUUUCUUAUGUUUAAGAACUCUAGUAUGAGUUCUAAUUAGUGGCUCUAGUAAAUUUAUAUCAGACAUAGAGCCAAAUACACAGUUAUUAGGUUAAACCAUGCUCAAUCAAUUAUUUUUUUAUGAAGAAUUAUUUAUUUGAAAGAGUUACAAAGAGAAGUAGAGCCCGAGAGAGAUAGAGAGAGAAAGAGAGAGAAUUUUCCGUUCCUCUGCUUCACUCCCCAAAUGACCCCAAUGGCAAGAACUGAACUGAUCCAAAGCCAGGAGCCAGGAGCUUCGUCUGGAUCUCCCAUGUGGGUGCUUGGGCCCAAGGAGAUGAGCCAUCUUCCACUGCUUUUCCAGGCCAUAGCAGAGAGCUGAAUGAGAAGAGGAGCAGCUGGGACUUGAACAGGUGCCCAUAUGGGCUGCCAGCGCUGCAGGCUGGGGCUUUAGCCUGCUGCACCAUAACGCUGGCCCCUCAAUCUGUUAUUAAUAAUUAUAUUAUUUCUAUUAUAUGUAGGCUUACUUCGAGGAGAGAAAUAACAUGAUAAAUGUGUGUGUGAUUUCCUUUUUCUUAAAAAUAUGCAUUGAAAAUAAUCUUGAUGCGACAGAAAUAGCUGAGUCAGUUAAUUGUCAUGAAAAUAAGGCGCUGAUAUGUUUCAAGCACAAAAUACAAUAUGUACCUUAAAUAAUGUCUCAGAUUUCUAUGGUAACUUAAGUUGACCAAAAUGGUAACUGACACUUAAAAAGUUCUCCUUAAGGCAGCCUUCACUCAUUCAUAUUGAAGAAGAGCAUUUUCUACAAGCACAGUAAGUUUGGAAAAUAUAUGUUUAUGGAAAAUACACAUUUUAGCAACAAUAACAAAUGUGAAUAUAAACGUACAUAGAUUUAAUUAAAACUCUAUUUCCAACUCACUGAAAACUACACACUAGUGCAGAGACAUAAUCUAGAAACUGAUGUGUCAUUUGAACUGUUUCUCUCAUAUAGCUAUACUUGUGUGACUUGAAAAUUCCAUUUCUUAUUGGACCAGUAACUUUUUUGGAAUUUUUAUUGUGAUCUCAUAGACAAACUGUGCUGUAUAUUCACAUUGUAUAAAUAUUUAUAAAAUAGAUGACAUGUCAGGAAAAGCACUUACUCUUCUUGACGUCCAUAUGGAAUAUUCAUUUACUAUUUACCAGUUUAUCCACAUCUCCUUUAGAAUAUGGCACCCAUGAUUAACAUUGAAAACUCUACACUCACUGCCCUCUCACAACUGAAGGAGACAAUGUAGUUCUCUUUUGUCUUGCCAAUAGAUCCAUUAAUACAAUAAAGUAUUACAUUAAUUUUUAUCACCAUAUUAUCGAGUAACAGCACCCAUACUCAAGUUUUAUAUUUAUUGCAUGAUCUACUGAUAAAAGUGAUUUACUGUUCUGUGCAUAUUUAAAUUAUUUUUUCAAAUUUUAAGGCUGUCCUUUUGAACCAUGAUGCCAUACUUUUUAAGACUUUGUUCUGUCAUUUAAUGUUUUUAUUAUAGCUUUCAAGCUUUAUGUUUCCACAAAUGUUAAGAAGUAUAUCUUUUGUCUUCAUAGGAAACACAAUAGAAGUUUCAUGCACACUUGAGUUUAAAAUCCAGUCUGCAAUUUCUAUACCUCUUUGAAACACAAUCCCCACAUCUGUGAAAUAGGAAUACUUUCAUUGGAAUUGAAUAGGCAGCAAUUAUACCUUGUAGCUCUUUGUAGAGCUGGAAAUGAGGUAACAUAAACUAGGCACAUAACAAAUUUGUUUCCUUUUUAUUCAAGUCGUAUGUAUGUAAAAGGAUAUGACCCUGCAAAACACUACCAGAAACCUUCAUCCUUAGCAAUCAUAGAAUAUAUUUCUCAUUAGCAAUAUCAUCCAUCCUACCUUUUGAUAUUUUGUGCAGAAGAAUGUCACGUAGAAUCGUGUAAACAACUGCCUAAAAAGAAGAUAUAUUCUUCCCUUUCUAAUCUUUUACUCUGGAAAUUUUAUCAGAAAUGACUUUAAUGUUCUCAUUACAAAUAUUACUAAUAAACUCUUUAAGAAAUUAAAUUACUUUACUAUAAAAGAAGAAAAAUACUAUUCCUAAUUUCAAGAAUUUUGCUCAGAAUCUACAUUAAGCUCACAGAAAUAAACUCUUGAAGAAAUUCUUUUUGCUGUUUUUUUUUUUUUUAACUGAACUCCUUAUUCUCUUGUGUCUUUUCCAUUACUGGCAAAAGUUACCAGUGCACCGACUUUUAAAUUACCUGGGCAAUGAUGUUCAAAUUUGGAAACAGGUAGUUUACUGCCUAGUCUACCUAGAGUUUCAAUGUUUAGAUUUCCAGUGCUUGGAAUUUUUUCUCUGUUCAAUUUUGGAUUAUUCUUGCUAGGGGAAAAAAAGCCAUAAAAUUGUAUUUUGAUUUGUUCCUGCUCUUUGGUUCUGUUUUUACCUCUAACAUUUCUUUUUGCCUACCCCUAAAAAAAAAACUUAUCUUUCAAAUAUAUUUUUGACAUAUUUUGUAAUCAAUGCAUCACUGCAUGUGUGUGGGCUUUGUUACAAAGAUAAGUCUCUCUCACUGUGUAUAUAUGCAUAUAUAUAUAUGUACAUAUGUCUACGUACACUGUGUAUGUUACUUAUGUGUGUGUAUUUGUAUUUAUGUAUAUCUAUGCAAGUGUGGGAUUGUGUGUAUAGCAGUGUGUGUGUAUGUAUUUAUACAGAUGAACAGAGGCACAUUCUUAGCUUUUUUUACUUCUACACUUCCACUUAUUCUUGACUUUAGCCUUCCUUACACUGUCCCUGUGGUUGUGUACCAUUUCUGAGCUUACUUUUGAUUACUUGUCCUCACCAGUCUGUUUUGUACAUAACAUCAUCUGAAAGUUGUAGCAUAUUGGAGAUUUUUCUGCAACAUCUUAGAUUCUUCUAAUUCUUUGAAAGAUUGUUCAUUAGAGAACAGCAUCUCUCUGAAAAGAGGAUUUACCUUUUGGAAUUUCCAGUUUAUAUUUAUUCAUUUGAAUUUCUAGAUGACAAUUUAGAGGAUCAAAAUAUGAAUUGUAAGACAUUAUCUUUGUAACUUCUAAACAUUUAAGAUACAAAGGUAAAACUUUCCUAAAUUUCUUCCAUAUCAUUAAUCUGUUGAUCACAUCUACUCUAAAUCCAGAUUAGGUCUCACUUCAUUGAGCCCAAAACCUUUUAAGAUGUCUUAAUGUUAUAUUUUUUACCAUUGAAAUUAAACUGUAGAUUUCACAUCAUUUUCUAGAUAAUUUAAUCUGUCUUUUAUGAAAAGCAUACACAUUUGAGAACAAAGUAGUCUGUAUUUAAACUGUUCUUUUUCUUUCUUAUUUCACUCUAUCCAGAUACUCUCUUGGAAAAUUUACCUAAAAGAUAAAUUUGCCAUGUGAGAAAAUGAUACGUAAAUUUUAUAUGCUCAUAGUUAAGUACAAUCUCAUUAAGAAUAUACCAUGUUCAAAUUUUCACCUCUUCUUGGAUUAAUUAUAUCCUAGAUAGCCACCUCUUCCAAUAGGUGAGCCAGAGAUAUAAUAAUAUAACACUCAGUAUUUUUUCUAGCAAAUGAAAAUGUCCAUGAGGCUAAUACUUCAUGUGAUAUUCAGGAAAUCAUUGUUUUAUUUAAUGUUUGCAUUAGGGUUAAUAAUGUCAAUGAAUGAACAUUCAGAAACUUAGUCUAUAAUUUUAAUAUGCUAUGUAUUAUUGUAGCAUUAACCACAAUGGCCAACUUGAUUUAUAAUCAUUCUGUCCAACUACCAGUAACUAUAAUUUUGGUGUAUAAAAGUCAUCAAAAAUCAAUGCAGAAAUGAAUAACAUCUGAGAGCUCUAAUAAUUUAAAGCUAAUUGUUACAAAACUCUAUAAAAUAGUUAAUAUGUUGUCCUUCAAUUUCUGGAAGAGAUAGAGGGAAUUUUUCUCUUCCACUUUGUCAUGCAUUUCACUAUUUGUCAUUAAGAUAAGUAAAAUAUUGUGUAGGGAUAUAUGGCAUUUUUAAUCACCAAGGUAUUAAAGUCCAUUACUAAGAAGGCAUUUCAAAAUACUUUUAUUGGAACUUGAUCCGAUUCAAUUUUCUCCUUGAGUAAUAAUCUGUCAUUUCUCCACAGUACAAUUCCAAAUAUUUUAAAAAGUUUCAAAUAUUAUAUGCAUCUUUCCCCUAUAAAAUACCACACAGCACUUUUAACUAGUUGGAGUAAGUGGCAUUGUCUCACUAUUUAAAUAAUUUGCAUAACUACCCCCUACUUUUAAGUAUAUUUAUUUUCUGUCACAAUUAAAUUUUGUUUGCUUCACCAAUGAGUGAAAAUAAGGUUACAAAAAGUUAAAACUUGAUUAUUUUGAUUCCUUUACCAUUUUUCAUCCUGGUCAAAACCAGAUCUGGUUACUACAUAAUCUUACAAUUGUGUGCUAUUAUUCACUAGAGGAACAGAGAUGGUAUCAAUAGAUGGCAAAAGUUAUUCACUUCACUGUUAUUACAAAAUAAAUUCAAUAGUAUAAACUACAUCCUACAAUUAAAGAGUACUGUUUGUUAAAGGUUACUGAAGUUUUACACAUUUCUCUUUUUAUAUCAUAUUUCAUCUCUUGAACUUAAUUCCUUGUCUUCAGUUAAAUAUAUUUUAGUAAAGGAAUAACAUAUAACAAGAUUUAAACCUCCUAGAAAUUAGCCUCAGAGAAUUAAAAGCAAACAAUCCCUGCUAAUGGAAUGAGCAAAUGUUUUCUUUUUUUUUCCUAAACAAAAGUGUAACAGUAGCCUUGUGUGGAUUUACACAAAUGAGAUUUCCUUUCUGAAAAAAGUUAAAGAUCAUAUUAAUAGAAUUUUGAUGUCUAUAUUUCUUAAGCUCAAACUGUAUGUAAUUGGUAUAAAAUUGUUUAUUGAAUGUGGCAUUUUUACUCACCAUAGUUUGGUCAUCAAUGAGUCCCAUUAAUGUCUUUAAAAGUCAUGUAGAAAAAACAGUUAUUUUGGGGAAAUCCUUUGGAAAAUUGAUCACUAAUUAUCAAGAAGAUUUUAAAAAUUAAAUGUGUAUAUAAAAUACCUGAAAUUAUAUUAUUGGGAAUAUGAUCAAUUUUCUUCCUAAACCAAAGUACAUUUUUCUACACUGUAACUUUGUGCUGAUUCACUGUAACCAAUAUUAAACAGAAACAGUCACUCAAAUUGUUCCAUCAAUCUAUUAUUCAUCUUUGACUCUUGAGGAAGUAUCCCUUUGAAAUAUUGCAAGGAGAGUGUGCUUGUACAUCAAGAUAGAGUAAAUACAAGUAGAGAGAAAAUAUUAUAGACUUAAAGAGAAGCUUUAUUUCAUGAUUUCCCCCAGAGCAAUUUUCAGUCUUUCCUGCCAGGAUUGAAAAUUUCAAUGGCUUGGUUAUUUUAAAUUUUUUUUUUAUUUUAUUUUUUUUUGACAUGCAGAGUGGACAGUGAGAGAGAGAGAGACAGAGAGAAAGGUCUUCCUUUGCCGUUGGUUCACCCUCCAAUGGCCACCGAGGCCGGCGUGCUGUGGCCAGCGCACUGCGCUGAUCCGAUGGCAGGAGCCAGGUGCUUCUCCUGGUCUCCCAUGGGGUGCAGGGCCCAAGCACCUGGGCCAUCCUCCACUGCACUCCCUGGCCACAGCAGAGAGCUGGCCUGGAAGAGGGGCAACCGGGACAGAAUCCGGCGCCCCGACCGGGCCUAGAACCUGGUGUGCCGGCGCCGCAAGGCGGAGGAUUAGCCUAGUGAGCCACGGUGCCGGGCGAUUUUUAAUUUUUACUGAAACAAAUCAAAACUUUAGAAUAUCAAAAAAUAAUUUAGAUACAAAUAGAGUGUUUUUACUUACUUGGCCAAAUUAAGUAAAGUUUAUUGCUAAGUCAAAGUUUCUAUCUUAUGGACAUUUUACUGACUGAAUAAGCUCCUUUGCAGUCACCUGUCUCCAUUGAGUUGGGCAAAGGUGAACUUGAGUCAUGUGUUUCCUAAAAUACUAAUACAAAAUGUAAGUGCCCUUCUAGUUAAAAAAAAAAAAAACUAAGCUGCUAAUCUUUGAAAAGUGAUGAAAGUAAUAGCAUAUUUUUAUUUUCCUUUUUAAAAAAUAAUAACAAACAUAAAAAUUAUAGAAAUAUAUGGAAUACACCAUGAUAUCCCAAUAUGUAUUUAUCAUGUAAUAUCCAACCAUGCUAAACAUGUCUAUCUCAUCAAACAUUUAACAUUUCUUUAUGAUAAACACAUUCAAAAUUCUUUUCCCUAGAUUUUUAAGGGACUAUAUUCACAUUAUCUAUAAUCAUGCUAAAGUACAAUAUAAUGACAGCAGUACUUAUUCCUAUCUAACCAUAACCCAGUACCCAUGAAUCAAUCUGUCCCCAUCCCUCCCUUUUCCCCACCAUCCUCCCCUGCCCUCUCUCGUAAUCACUAUUGUACUCUUCAUUUUUUUGAGAUCUCCUUUUUUAGAUUUUCAUGACUGAGGUCAUGGGCUCCUUGGCUUUCAGUGUAUUACAUAUGUCAGUUAACACUGUAACUUCCAGUCCAUCCAGGUUCAUGCAAAAGACAAGAUUUCAUCCUCUUUAUGGCUCAUUAAUAUUAAUAUUCAAAUGUAUAUAUGUAUUGUUUUUAUCCAUUCAUCAUUGGAGAGACACUUAGAUUGUCUCCAUUUCCUGACUAUUGUGAUAGUGCUGCAAUAAACAUGCGUGUGCAGUUGUCUCAUCGAAAGGGAAAUUUCAUUUCUCUUGGAUAUAUACCAGUAACAGUAUUGCUGGAUCAUAUGGUAGUUCUAUUUCCAUUUUGUGAAGAAAUUUCCCUACUAUUUCCCUCAACACUAUAAUAGUUUACAUUCCCACUAACAGUUUUCAUGAGUUUUCUUUUACUACAUCUUGUCUUUUUGAUAAUAUCUGCAGUGUGAUGUACCUAAGUGUGCUUUUAGUUUACCUUUGCCCAAUGAGUAGUGAUGAUGAAUAGUGAUGCUGAACAUUUUUCAUGUACAUGUUGUUCAUGUUAUGUCUUCCUUUGAAAACUGUUUGUAUCUACUGCCCUGUUUAAAUUGGAUUAUUUUGUUUUUGUUUUGCUGUUGAGUUGUUUGAGUUCCUAAUAUUUUUCUGUUUAUUAAUCCGUCGUCAGAUGUAUAACAUAUAAAUAUUUUCUGUUGUUCCAUA